AUGGAAUCGAUCUCCCUAACCCGCACCCUCCCUCCUCCACUACAACAAGUCCAUCUAGCUCAUUUCUCCAAUCUCGAUCCCGCUUCUCAAUCCUCCUCUAUCAUCCGUCGCAUUAUAUCCGCAUCCCAACUGCCCACAUCCACCUCUAGCGGUGCUACACAAUCCGAAGUUGAAGCAGCAGAUCUCGAACGCUCCAAACUAGACUUUGCCUUUCUCGACCCCACAAAACUCUGCUCUAAACAACACGUCCUCAGCGCAGUCACUCAAGCAGCGAUAGUAUGUGCUAGAAGUUACGAUGCCGAAAGCGGCAAGUUCAAGGCGGGAGAAGCAAGUGCAGGCGGAAUGAAGAGUAAGACGCCGCAUUCGGAGCUCAUUUAUAUGCUUAAUCCUGGUAAUAAUGUUGGAGAGUCGUUGAAACGAUUCGGUCUGUCGCCGAAGUCAAGCUCUUUGCUCCUCGUCAAGUUUUCAUCCUCCUCGGCGGACAAAGAGGAAAUCUUAAAGCGCAUGCUGGACGUCGUUUCGCCAGCAAACCUCACAACACCACCAGAGAACACACAGGUGGAUAUCGAUCAGCCUAUUCGUUUCGGCCGCUACCUUCCCGCAUCAGAUAGACAGGAAAAGGGGAUAGAGGAAGUGACAGAUUGGAAAGACCUCAACAAGAUCUACAAGCUUCAAAUACCUACCAACCUACUCAACGAUGCAAAAGCUAAGAGGGAUAAGGGAGAGAGAUGGCAAGGCCUGUACGAAGAAAUUGUCUGUACUAGUGUUGCGAUGAAACUCGUUGCUGCGUAA